AUGAAAGCUUGUUGGAAAGAGCUAUUGUGUAUUAUCUGCUUGAGUAUUGCUACUACAUCAUUGAUGACCGGAUAUGAUACUCAGUCUUUCAUUGUUGAAUCCGUACUUCACUCUGUACAUAUGAGAGACACUACGAGCAUGGACAAACAUGCAGGUUACUAUGGGCAAUCGCUUUCCUAUGCUUUCUUCACAGUGGCCAACUUAUUCGUCCCAUGGGUCUGUUAUCGUAUCGGUUCAAAAUGGACUCUAUUCGUUGGCAGUUUGAUGUUUACCACUUACCAAGCUGGGUUUUUCAUGUUGAAUUCGUAUUAUUACUAUGCUUCUCAAGCUCUUAUGGGUGUUGGCUUCGCAAGUAGGUACAUUACUCGUCCUUUAUCCACUAAUAUCCUGAGCAAAUAG